GAGAGACGCGCUUGGCGGCGGCGGCUGAGGAGGGCGCCCGACUACCCUCCCUCCCUCCAUCCCGCCCGGCGGAGCCAGCCCGGCCGGCCGGCUGUUCCUGCCCGCGGCGGCGGCAUGUUCAAGAACACGUUCCAGAGCGGCUUCCUCUCCGUCCUCUACAGCAUCGGGAGCAAGCCGCUGCAGAUCUGGGACAAGAAGGUGCGGAAUGGCCACAUCAAAAGAAUCACAGAUAAUGAUAUUCAGUCACUGGUGCUGGAGAUUGAAGGAACCAAUGUCAGUACCACCUACAUCACGUGUCCUGCUGACCCAAAGAAGACGCUGGGGAUCAAACUGCCUUUUCUGGUGAUGAUAAUCAAGAACCUGAAGAAAUACUUUACCUUUGAAGUGCAGGUGUUGGAUGAUAAAAAUGUGCGCCGGCGGUUCCGUGCCAGUAACUACCAGAGCACGACCCGGGUCAAGCCUUUCAUCUGCACCAUGCCGAUGCGCCUGGAUGAUGGCUGGAACCAGAUUCAGUUCAACCUGUCCGACUUCACUCGGCGCGCGUACGGCACCAACUACAUUGAGACCCUGAGAGUCCAGAUCCAUGCGAACUGUCGCAUCCGCAGAAUUUACUUCUCUGACAGACUAUACUCCGAGGAUGAACUUCCUGCUGAGUUCAAGCUUUACAUCCCUGUCCAGAACAAGGCCAAGCAAUGACAGCCUGUUGGGAAGCCCUCUGAGAGAUGCACUGUGAAGACGGGUGGAAGAGUGUGGAUUUUUUUAUUCAAAACAAAAUGUAGAUGUUGAUUUACCUAGGGUAACUUUAUUUAAUAAAAAAUGGUAUCUGUAA